AUGUCUGUCCUGUGCGAUGCUGUAGUUUCGAGUCGACUAGACGAGCUGAUCGAGAAGUUUAGGGAGUACGAAGAGGAACUCAUCCGUAGUCUAGGCGAUUCCAAGGUGACUGCGGAACGGAGGUUUUCCCAGAUCGAGGGGCGACUGAACCGGGACUUGUCGUUGCACGAUCAGUACGUGGCCUUUAUGGAGGAAUAUGAGGCCCUGGGACACAUGCGGCGUGUCUCACCCGAAGAGGAAGGUACGGACCGAUUCUACCUCCCUCACCACCCAGUCGUGCGAGAUGCGAGCUAUACCACACGGGUCCGAGUAGUGUUCGAAGCUUCAGCCAAAACAUCCACCAACCUGUCCGUCAACGAUUGCCUACUGUCCGGACCGAUCAUCCAGCGGAGCCUACGGUCCAUCAUCCUACGCAGUCGUUUCCGUCGAAUUAUGGUGGUAGCCGACAUUGAGAAAAAGUUUCGGCAGAUAGAUGUCUGCCCGGAAGACAGGCGGUUCCAGUUGAUCCUGUGGCGCCCAACCCCAGACCAACCCUUGGCAACCUACGAAAUGUUAACGGUAACCUACGGAACCAAACCUGCCCCAUUCCUCGCGACGAGAACCCUGGUGCAGCUAGCUUCUGACGAGGCCGAACGCUACCCACUGGCGUCAGCUGCUGUGAAGGAAGACUUCUACAUGGACGAUGCGAUUACGGGGGCGGACGAUCCAAUUACCGCCAAACAACUACGUGUUGAGCUGCAAGAGAUGCUGAACAGUGGAGGAUUCAAGCUGAGGAAGUUUGCGUCGAACUGCCCAGAUGUGCUGGAAGGCCUUCCCAACGAAGACUUGUCCAAUCAGCGGACGGCCCUCGGAGCAGUUGCCUACAUCAGGUCGGAAGACUCAACCGGUCACAUCCUUGUCGCCCCACUGAUGUCCAAAUCUAGGGUGGCACCCCUCAAAACCCAGAGCAUUCCAAAACUUGAGCUCCGUGGUACAACCCUGGCGGCCGAAAUAAAUCGUUUUGCGCUGGCUGACUGGUGUCCCGGCGACCUGGACAACGUUUGUCGCCAACCGAGUCGCCAAGAUCCAGCGUUUAACCGAGUCGCCAAGAUCCAGCGUUUAACCGAGAACUGCCACUGGAACCAUAUUUCUGGAAAGAAGAACCCUGCAGACCUCAUCUCCCGCGGAGUGGCACCAGAUGACCUACUGGACGAGCCACUGUGGUGGGAAGGCGAAUGGUUACUGCUGAGCAUGGAUCACUGGCCGAGGCGGAGAGUCUUCACGGCUGAUGGACUGGAGGAGGAGAGGCGGAAGGUGGUAGCAGCGACAACAGCUGAUGAGCCCAGCUUCAUCGACAAGUACAUAGCACACUACUCAACCUACACACAGAUGGUGCGCCACAUGGCCUGGUGGCAGCGCUGUACACGCAACCUACGAAUCCCCAAGGAUGAUCGCUACAUUGGACCGUUAACUUCAGCUGAACUACUACAAGCAGAGACCAAAAUUGUACAUCUGGUGCAAGGAGAGUGUUUCGCUCGCGAGCUGAAGACAAUCGGCAAGCAAGAGUGUGUUUCGCGGUCAUCGCCCCUGCGGUGGUACAAUCCAUUUCUGUCGCGGGAUGGUCUCUAG